AUGAAGAACUUCAAGAUUUCCGCCCUCCGCCGCUGCAUUGGCUACGUGGGACAGGAGCCCGUGUUGUUCGCCAGCUCCAUCCGGCACAACAUCAUGCAGGGCUGCCCUGGCGCCAGCAAGGAGGAUUUCAACAAGGCGUGUGCUGAUGCCCAGCUGAGCUUUGUGGACAACUUGCCCGAGAAGUACAACACCUUCGUCGGUGCGGGUGGCGGCCAACUGUCGGGUGGCCAGAAGCAACGCAUCGCCAUUGCCCGGGCCUUGUUGAAGAAGGCCUCCUUCUUGUUCUUGGAUGAAGCCACUAGCGCUUUGGACAACACCUCCGAAAAGAUGAUCCAGCAGACCAUUGACUCCAUCGGUGCCAACAGCGAAUCUGGCCUUGGCAUUGUGAGCAUCGCGCACCGCCUCAGCACGGUGCGCAACUCGGAUCUCAUCUACGUCCUGAUGCGCGGCAGCCUGGUGGAGAGCGGCAACCACACGCAGCUGAUGGAGAAGAAGGGCUCGUACUUCGCCUUGGUCGCAGCACAGGAGUCCUCCCAGAAGGCUGAGGAAGCCGAAGCCAACCAGCCCUUUGGAUGGGUGGACGGGCUUCCUCUUCACCGCUUGAAGCGCGGGCCGCUUCCGCACGACCACACCAGCGCCAUGCUGGUCCGGCAGAUGAGCGAGCACAGUGGCGAGUCCGAGAACGCGCGGGUGGCACGAGAGAAGAAGGAAGAGAAGGAGCGUGAAGCGCAGAUUCAAAAGAACUACAAGGUGCCAAUGGCCCGACUCUUCAGCAGCUCCGUUCGCAGAGCAGCGCAUGCGGCAGCGGGGGAUGUUCGGUGCGGCAGAUUCGUUUGCUAUGCUAGGUAUACGAAGUGGUAUACGAACCUGAAGGCUAAGAACAGAUCUGCGUGGAAGGCUACCACCCGCGCCCGCGCUGAACACCGAGGCUACAACCAACCGGAGUGGCCUUACCUGGUUCCCGCGGUGCUGGGCGCCCUGAUCGACGGCGCCGCGAUGCCGCUGUGCACCGUGGCGCUGGUCGGCUCCAUGGAAGGCUUCUUCAAGGAGAAGGAACAGAUGCGAGAGGAGUUGCAGAUGCCCGGACGAAGAAUUACUCAGUUGGAGCCGACAAUCCCAGCUUGGCGUUGA